AUGAAGUCCAACUUCUCGACCAAGAAGCAAAUGAAGAAGCCUUUGAGUAGGGCCACAUUGGAACCUGUGGGGUCUGAUUUCUCUUCAGGUGCCACUCUUGCUAAUGCCGGGGAGGUUCAGAAUGGUCCCAAUUGUGUUUUGGGUGGUGCCUGUGAGAGGUCUUGUAACGUGGAUUCUCUUGUAGAGGGCAGCUUGUUUCUGGUUGAUAAUACUAAUCUAGAAAAACUUGAAGAACUAUCAUCAGGGAAGGGUCCUUGGCCCAAGAUGGGAAAGAGACUGUCUGUCCUGGAUGACAACCGCCAUGCAACAUAUAACAUAUCUAGUCAAUCAGUUGAAAGACUAGACACAAUAUUCACAACAUUUGCGGACGAGCUCAGACAGCUGGUUGCUGCAUGUGGGGCUUCAUGCAGAAUAUUCCUAUGCAAGGAGCAUGGCUCGCUUUGCUGCAACCCUCGGACCAUUAGCUUGGAAAGUGGCAUCUCACAGGAUUGA